AGAUAGCGUUAGCAAAUAACAGCGGUUCGUUCUAUUGUUUAUGUAGCAGUUAGUUAGUUAGUUAGUUAUAACUGUUUAACCUUACCUGUGGCUCCUCCGGUACAGAAAGUGUCUUUAGACCGUCAUGGACGAAGUAACGGGGGCUCAGCUGGUUGCCGAGUCUCUAAAGACUCAGAAUGUGGAGUAUAUGUUUGGGAUAGUUGGUGUUCCUAUUAUCGAAGUGGCCAUGGCUGCUCAGGCUGCAGGGAUCAAAUACAUAGGAAUGCGCAAUGAACAAGCGGCCUGUUAUGCUGCAUCUGCCAUUGGAUACCUCACUGGGAGACCAGGAGCCUGCCUCGUGGUGUCUGGUCCUGGACUCAUUCAUGCACUAGGUGGAAUGGCCAAUGCAAACAUGAACUGUUGGCCGGUGGUUGUUAUUGGAGGAUCUUCUGACCGAAACCAAGAAACCGCAGGGGCCUUUCAGGAGUUUCCACAAGUUGAAGCAUGUCGGCUGUAUAGCAAGUUUUCUGCUCGACCCAGUAGUCUGGAGGCCAUCCCCUCAGUAAUAGAGAAGGCUGUUCGCACAAGUAUCUAUGGGCGUCCAGGUGCCUGUUAUGUGGACAUUGCAGGGGAUAUGGUCAAUGCCAAAGUGGACAGGAUCAACGUCAGAGUUGUGUCCUGCUGUCCACCUCCUCCAGUGAGUGUGGCUGAGAAAAGCACCAUUAAUGAAGCCAUCUCUGUGUUGAAAAUGGCUGAAAGACCCUUGGUCAUCAUUGGCAAAGGAGCAGCCUAUGGCAGAGCAGAAACGGCUCUCAGGGAGUUUGUGGAAGUAAGCAGACUACCAUUCUUGCCCACUCCCAUGGGAAAAGGCGUACUCCCUGAUGAUCACCCCAACUGUGUGGCAGCUGCUCGCUCAAGAGCUCUACUCCAGGCUGAUGUUGUGCUUCUUCUCGGAGCCAGACUGAACUGGAUGCUGCACUUUGGUCUGCCUCCUAGGUUUGACCCAAAUGUCAAGAUCAUCCAGGUUGACCUUUGCGCUGAAGAGAUGGGCAAUAACAUAAGGCCUGCUGUUGCUCUCCUUGGCGACGUUAAUGCUACUGUCACUCAACUGUUGCAGCAGGUUGGUAAAGAUGGUUGGAAAUAUUCCUUUGACACAGAGUGGUGGAGCACACUAAAGGCAAAGAUCACUGCCAAUGCAAAAAUAUCAAAGGCCCUUGCUCUUCAGUCAACGUUGCCCAUGAACUACUACACCGUGUUCCACCAUAUCUCCCAGUUGCUCCCACAUGACUGCAUUAUUGUCAGUGAGGGGGCGAACACUAUGGACAUAGGACGCACAAUGUUAAACAACUACCUACCUCGACACAGAUUGGAUGCUGGCACAUUUGGAACAAUGGGAGUCGGCCUUGGUUUUGCUAUUGCAGCUGCAGCUCUAGAGAGAAGAGAGAAUAAAGGCCAAAGGAUAGUCUGUGUAGAGGGAGACAGCGCCUUUGGAUUUUCUGGCAUGGAGGUUGAGACAAUGUGCAGGUAUAAUCUUCCUGUGAUUAUCAUUGUGGUCAAUAACAAUGGUAUAUACAGUGGAGUGGAUCCCGAGACAUGGAAAGAAAUGGCAAAAAUGGGAGAUCUGACCACUUUUGCUCCACCUGUGACCCUUCUCCCAGAGGCCCGGUACGACGAGGUCAUGACUGCUUUCGGUGGUCGAGGCUUCCUGGUGAGGACUGUGGAGGAGCUACGCAGUGCUUUACAGCUUAGUUUGAGUGACUGGGAGAGACCCAGCCUCCUAAAUGUGCUGAUUGACCCUUCAUCUGACAGGAAACAACAGGAGUUCCCUUGGCUCACACGCUCGAACCUGUAGUCCAGGAUCUGGUUUCUCCUUUGUCCAGAAGAUUGAUGUAAACCUGUGGUUUAGCUGGUUUGCCACAAACUCCUAGGGCAUCUCAUUUCAUCACAACAUCCCAGAAUCACCAGUAGACAUACUCAUGCACAUAUUGUACAACAGGUUAGGCUGGAGGCAUUCCAUACUAUGAUAAAUUAUUCCUAACAAUUUAAACCUGUUAUUGUCACCUUUUUAAAAUCUGUCUUCUAGCAUUGGCAAACCAGCAGUUGAUGUAAAAGGCCAAAACACUUUCAGUGAAAGUACACAAUGACAUUUAAGAAUAUUGUGAAAUGGACAGAUUCCAAGAAAACACAUUCUUCAUUGUGCCUUAGUGUUCAUAAUGUCUGUCCACAGGCUCUGUUUAAGUAUGCCAAUGCCAAGAUACUUGUAAUAUGUAAGAGCUUUUACUGGCUCCUCAUUGAUGAAUAUGUGAUCAGAACAGCAGUGACAACAGUCUUUUCCUUAACAAAAUCAAUAUGUUAAAUGUAAGGCUGCUAAUGUUUCUUAUGAUUGUUUCCAUGAAAUAACUGUAAAAUAUAAUAAUAAUUUUACUACACUGUCAUAUUACAAUAAAUGAAAUAAUGCAACGGACAAUAAAACUUUUUUAGACAUAAUGUGGUGAACAUCAUCUCUUAUCAGAUCAGAGAUACCUUAACAUGACUGACCUAAAUGGUAGUGUAAUUACUGGCUCAUUAAACAUCCUGUUAAAAUGAUUUGAAUGCUGGUAAAACUAAAAUGUCAUAUUACAGUGGACUUGAAG